AGAACGAGAAGUAGCACAGGAAGUGACUGAGGUCUCGGUUUGUUUAAAGGCAGAGAAACGUUGAUGCUUAACCAGAACGCAUCUCUUUUCAAACCAGCUGGCGCUGCACGGCAGAAAGUUCCUCUCAGUAGUUCUGGCCGGUUAGACGAUCAGGCUGGAGGGAGGCCUUGGGUCCAGUCUUCUGAGGAGGAUUUCUUCCAGGAAGUCUCACCAGCGAAACAGCCAGCGUCUUCCACCACCAGAGGCAAAUGAAAUGGGGGGAAGUGGAGAUGACAGCGGGCCGGGGAGGCUGAGCCGCAGGUUUUCUCGUCUGAGCAGGCAGUCCAGGGAUCCUCCAAGACCUGCAGCUCAGCCAGAGAGACUUCCUGCUCCACCCGACCGACCUGUUCAACAAGAUGUCAGACCCCCUCCACUAGCUUCAGCUCCGGCUCCGGCUCCGGUUCCAGUUCCAGUUCCGGCUCCGGCUUCUCCCCCCCCAAAAGAAAUGCCCCCUAAACGCCCGGAUAAAUCCACGAAGCCCAAACUUCCCUCUCGGCCGCUGUCCAAGGUGUUCAGCAGCUCCGAGCACGGAGCAGCUGUGUUGCAGGGCUUUGAUGCUUUCCGGGCAGAUGACACUCUCUGUGAUGUCGUCUUGGUCCCGGGGGACAGCGGAGACACUUUCCCCGUCCACAGAGUCAUCAUGGCCUCAUGUAGCGACUAUUUCAAGGCCAUGUUCACAGGAGGCAUGAAGGAGCAGGAGAUGAGAGAGAUCAAGCUGCACGGGGUCACUAAGUCGGGUUUAAAGAACAUAAUAGACUUCAUUUACACAUCAAAAGUCUGCCUCGACAUGGGUAAUCUCCAGGACACGCUGGAGGCUGCAAACUUCCUGCAGGUCAUGCCCGUCCUGAGCUUCUGCAAUCGGCUUCUCAGCAGUGAGAUCACUAUUGAUAACUGUGUGGAGGUGGAGCGCAUCGCCACAGACCUGCUCCUGGAGGACGUUCAGCUGAAUAUAGGUGAGUUUGUGAGCCAGAACCUCUCAGAGUUGGUGGAGAGCAGCCGCUACCUCCAGCUCUCUGAAACCAGCAUGGCCAAUGCUCUGUCCAACAACUCCCUGAAGGGGUACUCCGAGAUGGAGCUCUACCACAUCGCCAGAGGAUGGCUGGACCACGAACCCCCCAGUCGCCGCUCCUCCGUCUACGCCUUGAUGCGCCAUAUUCGCUUCCCGCUGAUGAGCCCCAGCGAGCUGAUCCAGAUCUCCCAGGAGAACGAGGAGGGAGGGGACUCCCUGAUGCGCUCCGAGACCGCCUGUGUCAACCUCCUGCUGGAGGCCAGCAACUACCAGAUGAUGCCCUUCAUGCAGCCGGCUCUGCAGACCGAGCGGACGCAGAUACGCUCGGACGACACCCACAUCCUGGCUCUGGGCGGCGUGAUGCGACAGCAGCUGGUGGUGAGCCGGGAGCUGAGGCUGUACGACCAAAAGACGGGCCUUUGGAGAGCUCUGAAGCCCAUGGAGGUGCCGCGUUACCAGCAUGGCGUGGCUCUACUCGGAGGCUUCCUCUUCAUUGUUGGAGGCCAGAGCACUUACGACACCAAGGGUAAGACGGCCAUAGACAGCGCCUACCGCUACGACCCUCGCUUCGACAAGUGGCUUCAGAUUGCUUCGCUCAACGAGAAGAGGACCUUCUUCCACCUGAGCACGCUGAAGGGGAAGCUGUAUGCAGUCGGAGGAAGGAAUGCAUCAGGAGAGAUUGAUACGGUGGAGAGCUACGACCUGAAGAAAAACGAGUGGACAAACGUGGCCAACAUGGUGGAACCUCACUACGGACACGCUGGAACGGUUCAUGGGAACCUCAUGUAUGUCUCUGGUGGCAUCACCCGUGACACCUUCCAGAAGGAGCUGUGGUGUUACAACCCCACCACCGACACGUGGACUCGCCGAGCCGACAUGAAGGAGCUCCGCGGCCUUCACUGCAUGUGCACCGUCGAGGACAGACUCUACGUCAUGGGCGGCAAUCACUUCCGGGGCAGCAGCGACUACGACGACGUCCUGGGCUGCGAGUACUACAGCCCGGAGACGGACCAGUGGACUGUGGUGGCGCCGAUGUCCCGGGGCCAGAGCGACGUCGGCGUGACGGUGUUCAACGGGCAGAUCUACGUGGUGGGGGGUUACUCCUGGAACAGCAGGUGCAUGGUUGACAUUGUGCAGCGGUACGACCCGGAGCAGGACGUCUGGGACAGGGUGUUCAACGUGCUGGAGCCUCUGGGGGGGAUCCGAGCCUGCACGAUGACCGUUCAUCUGCCGGAGGGGUCGGUGGACGAGGCUCAGAUGCAGGAGGGUCCACUGCCCACAGCGAAGAGCUGAUACUGCACCAGAGACCGGGGGGUUCUGAUUCACCUGCAUGCUAGGCAGCACAGGAAACAGUGUGGGUUGCAAACAAGAGCAUGUGCUAGUUAUCAAACAUUAGCAUUCAGCAGUUUGCCACCUCUCUAACACACAAUAGUAUUUAUUUUGUGCCAUUUCCUGUCUUUGCAUCUAUUGUCGGCCAUGAAGUUUCCGUCCUGCUCUGCUGCUUGUGUCUUCUUCUUCUCUCAGUUUGAGUAUUUUAAAAGAAACAAGGGUCAAAUUGGCGAUUGAUUCUUUGGACAUUAUCGUUGUUUUUUAAGCUAAAGCUAAAGCCAUGUAAAAAGAUCAAAUUGUGUUUUCUGAAGGUUAAGUUUGUAAAAGGUAAUGAAGGUGGAAUUGUCUGGACAUUGAUCCAUUGGACAUUGUAUAUAACUGCUUCACAAGCUGAAGCACUUAGAAGCGAUCAGAUUGACAUCUGAAGUACAUGAAAGCGUUUUUGGUUUCAACACAGCUUCUGACUUAAGCAAGAAAAAAACAUUGACAAAAAAAUAAAGCUGGCUUUAUUUAAUCUUUUCAUCACUCUGUAAUAAGACCAGAAACAACAUUAACAAGCACUGUCUACUUAGAACAAGGAGUCUAGUCAUAAGAUGUUAGCAAAUGCAUUUGGAAAUUCCUGCUGUUAAUGAAGCAUGUAAAGGCCACAUUUUACAAAACAAAAUGUUAAAAGAAGGAAAAAUAUAUUAUGUUUUGUAUAUUUAAAUGAAUGCAGUGUUUUAAAAUGAAAAUAAACUGUUGAUUAUC